AUGGCUACGGUGUCCCUCCCAAGCAUACAUGAGAUGUUCCCUGCGCACCUCAUCUGCAGGGACGAAUUCGCCACGACCGUUCCACGAUCGCGUGCACGACCUCCACCGCCGUCGUCCUCACUGCCAUCGACGUGCUCGGGGCCUUCAUCAUCCACAGCGGGGCCAUCGCACGUUCGAAUGCCACAUCUGCCCACACACCCACCGGCGCACCUACACGCCCACGCCGUAGCCCACUCUGCGCAUACACCCACCUCUAGAGCGUAUGGGAGCAGCAGCGGGCACGCUCCGAUUUCAGCGGCGAAUACUAGCUCAAGGCGGAGCUCAUUUGCCGGCGCGCAGUCGCACCCACACGCCCACGCAGGAACGACGGCUCCGGGCGCUCCUUCGGAGCGUAGGCCGCCCCAUGUACACCAUCCCUAUUCAUACCCGCAUGACGAACGCCAGCGGCGCCAUUCCUAUCAACAACACCUCCCUCCUUCGACACAUCAACAUCAACACCAACACUAUCCCAUGGACACCAACGACGGAGAAGAGGACGCCUCGGAGGGCUCGAUCGGGGGGUCGCCCAUGCCUGUUAACGCGCAGGUGCCGUCGAUGCCAAUGCACGCGCAAGGCUAUCCCGCAAUCCCUCAUCAUCAUCUCGGACCGGGCCAAGGACACCCUGGGAUGUCCGUAAUGCCGAUGCCCCCGCCCAUGAACGAGGGAGACGGCGUGCCGUCAGGGAAGAAACACGUCUGCCCGACGUGCUUCAAGAGGUUCAACCGUCCAAGCAGCCUCAGGAUACACGUUAACACACACACCGGUGCGACGCGUCAGUUCUAUUACUCUUCGUCAUUGUAG